AUGUCAGGCAGCGGCGAUGUGACUCUCUUUGAAGAGUCUUUUACUGUCACCAACUACGAUCAGUCCAAGUACGAUCGAGUCGCCCGGAUCUCCGCUACUUCUACGGACAACCAGACCCUUAUGACCCUCGACAUCAACAUUGAGCUAUUCCCCACCUCUGUAUCCGACAGCCUGCAUGUGGUGUUGGCGACGUCCCUGGCCCACGACGGGAGCAAGGAUGAUGAGAAGGGAUGGAGGGACGUCACCAAAGGCAACCAAGACCGAGAGCCUACGUUGGCCGAUAUGUUUGACUACGUAUGCUACGGAAAAAUCUACAAGUUUGAGGACGCCGACGACGGUCAGACCAUCAAGGCUUACGUCUCCUUUGGCGGUCUCCUGAUGUCUCUCGAAGGCCCAUACAAGAAGCUUACUCCCCUGAGAGUCGAUUAUGUCUACUUGUUGAUCAAGAAAUGA